AUGGGCCUGAUCGAUAUUGCAGCGACGAAAGCCGGAAACGAGUGGCUCUUUUGCGCCGUCCCAUCGUGCUGCUCUUCGGGAGGCUGCGCGAGCACGAUCCGGUCUACCGCCCACAACAACGGAAUCAUCAUCGGCAUCCAGUUGGGCGAGCAAGACGCCAACGAAUAUUGCUGCAUCUCCCUACGCUGCUGCUUGGGCGCCAAGUACACGCCAUCCGGCGUUGACCAACUCCCUCUCUUUCCGACCUCGCUUAGCGGGCCGGCUGACGACUUGCUCUGCCAAGUCGGUCUCCGCAACGAGAUCCGUUCGGAGCACCUCUGCGCCGCGAACUCGAACCUCUGCUGCAUCCACAUGAUGGUUGACCUGCCAGAGGCGGGAAGCGAUGUGCCGGGCCACUUGUGCGCCGUCGCCGGACUCCGUCUCGACCCCAAGCCGGUUAUGCUCGCGUCGCCGUACCCGCCAGAGGCGCAGUCGAUCUUGAGGUCGUCCUCGCGCCCUUUCGCUAGCUGA